GUAGUUCCGGUUCCGGUUCCGGUGUUUACGUUGAGCCUGUUCGUGUCCUCGUGGACGUCAGAGACGAUCACGCGCAGAGAUGUCGUCUGGACUCCUGCAGCCUCCUGGAGGAGAACAGCUGUGUGUCUUCCUGCUGGGAGACGAAGGAGAGGAGGAGAGGAGGAGGAGGAGGAAGGAGGUGGGCUGUCAGUGGGAGAGUCCGGAGGAGGAGAGGAGGGAGGUGGGCUGUCAGAGCGACUCAGCAGAGAGGAGGGACGCUGCUGUUCAGGUGGACCUGCUGACUCAGCAGAUCAGCUGGAGACACACAGGUUCGUCUGCAAUGCUGCUGCAGUGUUUUGCAGUCCGACCUGAUGGACCAGAUGGAGGCGCUCUGCUGCAGCACUGCACCACCAACCGAACCAGAACCAGAACCAGAACCAGACCCAUCAAACCCACCCAUUCCAGGUCCCAGAGGAGGCCGCCACCUCAGAGGUCUCACAAGGGUCCUUCUAAGCGUCGCUACCGCCGCGUGUCACCGGUUACUGACAUCAUCCAACAGGAGGAAGUGGAGGAGGAGGUGGACGAGGUGGACGAGGUGGAGGACGAGGAGGACGAGGAGGACAAGGAGGAGGACACAGGUGAUCCCACCUGGACUCCACCUGAGGGAGCUGUGAACUCUCACCCGUCUGCCUCGGCUCUGGAGGAGGUCCAGCUGGACUCAGACUCCCAGCAUGCACCUCUGGGUGCGGUGAAGCUGGAGCCCGAAAGCACCGUGUGUGAUGUUUGUGGUAAAGUGAUGAAGAACAAGUCGAGUCUGGCCCGACACUCCUUCAUCCACACAGGCAAGAAGCCAUACGCCUGCCACCUGUGCGAGCUCCGCUUCAACCGCCGCGACAACCUGCAGCACCACCUGAGCCGGCUGCACCCCAACGGUGUCGCCAAGCUGGAGAAGCAGCGCCAGGUUCAGGCCUGGCUGUGCGCCGUCUGCGGCAAAACCUUCAGCUGCAGGUCCCGGCUCAAGACCCACGAGGUCAUCCACUCCGGGGUCAAACCUCACUGCUGUGACCUCUGCCCCAAAGCCUACAUGAGGACCAACGACCUGGAGCACCACAAGAAGAUCGCCCACGCCGACGGCGCCGCCGACUCGCAGCCGCCCAGCUCGCUGCUCUGCGACCUCUGCGGCAAAGAGUUCAAAUGCCGGUCUCAGCUGGCGGUCCACUUCCAGACCCACACCGGGGAGCGGCCGCACCUCUGCGACGUCUGCGGCCGCAAGUUCGGCCGCCAGUACCAGCUCAAACGACACAAGAUCCUGGUGCACGCCAACCAGUCCGACGGCGAGGAGAACCCGCCGCCCAGCUCGCCGUUCGCCUGCGCCGUCUGCGGUAAGCGUCUUAAGUCUGAGGCGCUGCUCUCCGCUCACUCCCGCAUCCACUCUGGGGACAAGCCUCACCGCUGCGGCGUCUGUCUGCGCGGCUUCCAGCGCGCCACCUGCCUGAAGCAGCACCACCUGCGCGUCCACCUGAGGGUGAAAGUCAACGAGGCGUCGCGCGCCGCGAGGCGCCGGAGGGGCGCAGCGCCGGUCAAGGCGUUCCCGUGCCUGAUCUGCUGCAAGGUCUUCAGAUUCAAGUCUCUGCUGGCGAGUCACUCACUGAUCCACAGCGACAACCGGCCGUACGGCUGCGACUUCUGCAGCCGCAGCUUCCGGCGCCUCAGCCACCUGAAGCGUCACCGCGAGGUCGUCCACGCCAACGGGGCGCGCCCGCCGCAGACCUUUGUCUGCCACAUCUGUGGCAAAGACAAGAAGUGCCGCUCGCAGCUCGCCAGACACGUCAUCAUCCACACCGGCGAGCGUCCUUUUGCCUGCGACCUCUGCGCCGCAGGCUUCAACCGCCGCGGGAACCUGCAGCAACACAGGAAGCGCAUGCACGGCGUGGGGGCGGAGCCCGCCGAGGAAGCCCCGCCCAUCCUGUUUGACGACGACAUGACGCCCGCUCUGACCUACAAACAGGAGGAGACGGUGGUGGCCGUCGACGUAGAGCUCCUCCCUGAACGCGCUCAGUCCUCCUGACCUUUGACCCUGCAGCUCUGAGGUUCUGCAGACGGACACAUUAGUCUGACAGAACGCUGGUAGAACCUUCUAGAACCUCAGAGGUUCUGCAGACGGACACAUUAGUCUGAUAGAACGCUGGUAGAACCUACUAGAACCUCAGAGGUUCUGCAGACAGACGCUUCCUGCUUGUCCUCAAGUUCCAUUAUGUUCUGUGUCUUUAAUAAAGAUGUGAUCGAUCAGAGAUCAAUAAUCAUCUCCCACCUCUGAGGCUCUGUGUCCACAUCUAACCCUGGAGGGAGAGCUCCUGCUCCUCCUUCUGCUCCUCCUCCACCUCCUUCUCCUCCUAUGCUCCUCCUACUACUCCAACUCCUACUCCUCCUCUGCUCCUCCUACUACUCCAACUCCUACUCCACCUCCUCCUUCUCCUCCUCUGCUCCUCCUACUCCACCCCCUCUCCUCCUACUCCACCUCCUUCUCCUCCGCUCCUCCUACUACUCCAACUCCUACUCCACCUCCUACUCCUCCUCUGCUCCUCCUACUACUCCAACUCCUACUCCACCUCCUCUCCUUCUCCUCCUACUCCACCUCCUUCUCCUCCUCUGCUCCUCCUACUCCACAUCCUUCUCCUCUGCUCCUCCUCCUCUGCUCCACCUCCUCUGCUCCUCCUAUUCCACCUCCUUAUCCUCCUCUGCUCCUCCUUCUCCUCCUCCUCCUCCUCUGUUCCUCCUAUUCCACCUCCUUCUCCUCCUCUGCUCCUCCUAUUCCACCUCCUGCUCCUCCUACUCCACCUCCUUAUCCUCCUCUGCUCCUUUUCCAGCUCCCUCUUCCCUAACUCCUCCUUUCCUCCCCCUCCUUUUCUUUUCCACCUUCCUCUUUUCUUCUCUCCUUUCCUUCCCCUCCAUUCCUUUUCAGACUCCCUCUCUCUUCUCUCCUUCCCUAACAUCUCCUUUCCUUGUCUCCUUCCAUAAUAUCUCCUCUCCUUCCCCUCCUCCUUACCUUUUCCACCUCCCUGUUCCCUUCUCUCCUUUUCCUACUCCUCCUUUCCUUUUCGGUCUCCCUCUUUCCUUCUCUCCUUCCCUAACAUCUCCUUGCCUUCUCUCCUUACCUAACUCCUCCUUUCCUUCCCCUCCUGCUUUCGUUUCCCACCCCCUUCUCUCCUUCCCUAACUCCAUUCCUUUUCCUCCUCUGAAGGUUGUUUCUUUAGAGUCCCCGUUCUGUUUAUUAUCGGCCAAUCACA